ACAAGCGAUUACCAACCUUAAGAGCCACCAUGACUUCAUUAUGAGGGAGAGAGACGCACAGCUGGCCAUGGAGAGAGAGAAGAUGGAGUUGGAGUGGCAGACGAGACUCACGGAGGUGGAAAACAGGUACCAAGGCCAGACCCCGGCGCGUGCAGGACGACCUGGAGGUCCUGACAGCCGAGUGCGAGAUCCUCAGGAGAAGGAACCAGGAUUCCCAAGACGGCGAGACGACCUUGAGGGAGCAGAUGAUAGCGCAGCAGAGGACCACGACCGCAUGCGCAGGGAGUGGGAGCUCAAGAUCCAGAUGAGAACAAGACGCCCAGGACGCCGCCCUCAAGUUCAGCCAGGAGAAGCGGGACUACGAGGUCAAGCUCAGGAAUCUGGAGGAGGAGCGGAGGAUCUACGAGGAGGACUGGGGAAGAAGCUCAGAGAGAAAGAGCGAGAGGCUGAGAGCAAACUGAGGGAAGCAAUGAGGAACCAGGAAAUGAUGCAACGACUCAUAGACGACAAGGAGGAGGAGUUCGAGACCAGACUCAAGGCCCAGGUGGUUCAGUGGAAGACGGACUGGGACAACGUGGAGGAGGGGCUCAAGGACGAGAUCAAGAAGCUGAAGACUGAGAACGACAACCUGCGCAGCGAGGCGGGCGCCAUGCGGGGCCGCGUGGACCGAGCCGAGAUCGAGCACGAGAUGCGAAUCCAGGAGCUCGAGCAGGAACUCGGCUCGAAGAACACCGAACUCGAGAACAGGACCAAGAACUUGAAGAUCCGGCUGGAGACGAUGGAGAACUCGAGCCGCCAGCAGAACCAGGAGAAGCUCGAGGUGGAGAGGCUGCUGAGGGAGGACCGAGAGAAGCUCCGCCAACUGCAGCUGAAGCUCGACACGCUCGAAGCUUCGAAGCAGAGCAGCGAACGGAGGGUCCUGUCGCUCUCGUCGACGGAGCGAGACCUCAGGGAGUCCAAGGAGACGCUCAGUCUGGAGAACGAGGAGCUGAGAGUCGAGCUCGAGGGACUCAAGACGAAGAUGGAGGCGAAGGAGAAGGAGUGGGCGGCCAAGAUGGAGGCGGAGGCGAAGGCGGCGGAGAGUCGGGUGAAGCAGAGGAUUGAGAAGACUUGGCUCGACAAACUGAAGAGGAGCGAGGAGAGCGCCGCGCAGGACAACUCGUCGCCCAAGAGGAGCGCUACCAGAAGCAGGUGGAUCAGCUGACCAUCUCCCUCGCCGAGAAACAGCAGGAGCUCAGCAGACUCACUCAGCAGCUGGAGGAGGUGAAGCGGACUUAUGUGGACCCCGUGGAGAUGCAGAGAAAAAUGGACGAGAUGCAGCUUGAAGUCCGCGAGCAAGUUGGCCAGUCGGAGAGCCUCAAGGUGGAACUCCAGUACUCCAAGAACGAGGUUGAACUGCACAAGAUGAGACUCCAGAGACUCGAGGAGGACCUUGAGGCAGCGAAGGAGAAGAAUCAGUCACUUCAAACACAACUCGCAGCUGAAAAUAAGAGCGACCGAAUUGAAGAGCUCGAACUCCGACUCCGGUGAUGGACGAGCGGCUGAGAGCUGGCCAACAGGACAAGGAGAAACUCAACAAACAGAUCCUCGAGAUGGAGGCUGAGAGAGAGGAGAUCAAGAUUAUCCAGGAUGCCCUGGACGAAGCAGCGGCUGAGCGGGAAGAACUGAUCGCCACCUUCGAGAAAGAACUGCAGAACAUGACGACGAUGAACAGCACGCGAGAACAACAGCUGAUGGAGGACUUCGAGUGGAAACUGAGGGAAAUGGAGAAGGACCAUAAGAAGAAACUCGAGGAGAGGGAGAGGAAAGCAGAGAGCACACUCGUGAGGGCGAAGCGACACCAGGAGGAGGCCGAGGCGGAGUUUCAGGCAGAAGCAGGAGAAGAUGAAGAACGAGCUCAAUGCGGAGGUGAGGAGGC